CCAUCUCCUCCCCUCUCCCCAUGUCCACAAGUUUUAUGAUGUCUUUGUGCUGCCUUAAAGAAACCUUUCUGUUUCUGUGGCACUUUGAAGCUUCUCUGAACUUGCUUGACUGACACUGUCAGAUUCAUGAAUCAUUCAAUAAAGCCAUUUAGAAAUUUUAUUUAUUUAUUUUUGGGUCCACUGGUUCUUCCUUGCUGUGCCUAGGCAUUCGUUAGUUUAGUUGCUGCAGGGCAGCAGGGGGAUGGGGGGUGGUGUAACACUCUAGUUGUGGGGUGAGGGCUGUUUAUUGUAGUGGCUUCUUUUGUUAUGGUGCACAGGCCCUAGGUUGGAAGUCUUCAGUAGCUACUGUACAGGGGCUCAGCUGCCCCCAGCAUGUGGAAUCUUAUCAGACCAGCAAUGGAACCCAUGUCCCCUGCCCUGGGAGGUAGAUUCUUGACCAUUGCACCACCAGGGAAGUCCAAAUCAUUUAGAUUUGUAACACAUACUCAGUUGAAUUUUGUUUUUCAACAAGUUUCUAUUUUACAGAUGUACAGACAGUAGUACUCCUUAAUAAACAAUAGCAAAGGUGAUAUUUCAUGAGAAACUGGCAACUGUAUAUUAAAAAAAGAACAUACGUAUACAUAAGAUUUGCAUUUCUUAAGAUCCAAUAAUUUCAUGUUUAAUGGAUAAAACGAUGUUUCUGAGUUCAGCACAGUCACUGACUAAGAGGAAGGCGAGGCCCAGAUCCCACGACGUCCAUCUUUGUCACAGCGGCCCAAUAUGUCUCCUCUAUCUUGUCUCCUGUCUUGACUCUCGCACAGAGUCGGACACGACUGAGCGACUGAACUGAACUGAACUGAUCUUGUCUUCUAUGGUGCAGGUGAUUUUUUUCCUUUAAAGUCCCAGACAAAACUCACUAAAGUUCACAAAAAUGACUUAAACGCCUCAGUCUGGGUUACAUUUAAGGGACAGUAUGAUAGUGUAUCAUCACUGUCAUCUAUCAGGGCAUGUUCACUACAGCUGCAUGGAAUCUAAAUUAUUAUCCAAACACUUCGGAGAUCAAUAGCUUUGAAGGCUUUCUAAAUGCUCUUCGAAUUCCUCAGAAAUUGUCCUUAGCCCCUUGCAGAGGAAGCGAAGCUUCUAGCCUACCUGGAAGAACAGGGAGGUCAGUUUUGAGCAGCCCAGAGGGUUGCCUGACCCUGGGAGGUUCUAGCAGACUCUCUCAGGCUGCAGGCCUUUGCCUGCCCGAACUCCAUUAUCCAGAGCGCUAAGCGCUGAGCGGCAGCGGAGCCCGCCCAAUGAACAUCCAGAAUUUCGACGUUUCCGGGGGGUGGGCUCACGGGGUGAAGGCGGGACUUACGGUGUUUUCAUAGCGGUUCUUUGAGCGGUUUUCCAGGGCCGAAGGGUCGGGGUUGAGGUGACAGAGAAGGCGCGAGAAGACGCUUUGUCCCCAAGGACCAGAGGCGGUCCUACAGCCGGGCACAUCGCUACCUGCACGGCGGCCUGGAGACGCUGGUGCCGGGUCCUUCCGGGACGCUCGGCCGGCCCCUCUCCGCCCACCGAGUCCGAUGGCGGUGGCGGCGGCGGCGCUGAGGGACACUCCUCAGGGCAGUGUGACCUUUGAGGAUGUGGCUGUGUACUUCUCCUGGGAGGAAUGGGCUCUCCUUGAUGAGGCUCAGAGAUGCCUGUACCACGAUGUGAUGCUGGAGAACUUUGCACUUACAUCCUCACUGGGCUGUUGGCACGGAGUAGAAGAUAAGGAAGCACCUUCUGAACGGAGCAUUUGUAGAGGAGCGUCACAGAUCAGGACUCUCAAGGCAGAUUCGUCUCCCCAGAAGGGCCAGCCCUUUGAGAUGUGUGGCACAGACUUGAGAGAUAUUUUGCACUUUCCUGAGCACCAGGAAACACAUCUAGGGCAGAAACCAUACACAUGUGGAAAUCGAUUCUAUAUCUCUGCUAACCUUCAGCAAUACCAGGGGCAACACAUUGGAGAGAAACCCAUCAGAAGUGCUGUGGACACAGCCUUGAUUAUAAACAGCUGCACAACCCAUGUGUCAGGGAAACCCACUGUCUAUGGGGAGACUGGGAACGACUUCUUUGUCAAUGUGGGAUUUUUCCAUCAACAGGUCAUUCACACUGAGGAGAAGCCAAACAAUAGUAAUGAGUGUGAAGCUGUCUCUCACAAUGGAAAAAGGCAUGAGAACUGGGAAGAAGGCAACAAAGCCUUCCACUGCACAGAUACACUUGUUGAGGACCAACGAGUCCUCACUAGAGAAGGGCUUUAUGAGUGCAGCAAAUGUGGAAAAGCCUGUACUCGAAGAUGUAACCUCAUUCAGCACCAGAAAGUCCACACUGGAGAAAGGCCUUAUGAAUGCCAUGAAUGUGGAAAAUUGUUUACCUACCUCUCCAGCUUCAUUAUACACCAGAGAGUUCACAGUGGAGAAAGACCUUAUGAAUGCAGCGAAUGUGGGAAAUCGUUUAGCCAAAGCUAUAGCCUCAACAGCCAUAGGAAAGUUCACACAGGAGAAAAACCUUAUGAGUGCAGGGAAUGUGGGAAGUCUUUUAGUCAAAGAUCUAAUCUCAUUCAGCAUCAGAGAGUUCACACUGGAGAAAGGCCUUAUGAGUGCAGUGAAUGUGGAAAAUCUUUUAGCCAAAACUUUAGCCUCAUUUACCACCGGAGAGUUCACACUGGAGAACGGCCUCAUCAGUGCAGUGAAUGUGGAAAAUCCUUUAGCCGAAGCUCUAGCCUCAUUCACCACAGAAGACUUCAUACUGGAGAGAGGCCUUAUGAGUGCAGUAAAUGCGGGAAAUCCUUUAAGCAAAGCUCCAGCUUUAGCUCACAUCGGAAAGUCCACACAGGAGAAAGGCCUUAUGAGUGUGGGGACUGCGGGAAAUCAUUUAGCCAUAGCUCCAACCUCAAGAAUCACUGGAGGGUUCACACUGGAGAAAGGCCUGUUGAGUGCAGUGAAUGUGGGAAAUCAUUUAGCUGUAAAUCUAACCUUGUUAAACACCUGAGAGUUCACACUGGAGAAAGGCCUUAUGAGUGUGGGGAAUGUGGAAAAUCGUUUAGCCAAAGUUCCAGCCUCAUUCAGCACCAGAGAGUUCACAUUCGAAAAAGGUCCUGAGUGCAGUGAAUGUUGAAAAAGAACUUCUCAGCUAGAAAUAUGACCUCAUUCAACCCCAGAGAUGUCACACCAGUGAAAGGCCUUAGAUACGCUGGGAUGUACAGUUUCCUUCUAGUAUAUUUACACUGGAGAAGUUGUGACUGAGCCAUCUAAUGCAUCUGAAAAUCUACACUGGGGAGAUUCCCCUUAAGUUCCAGGUAUGUAGGAAUCUUUAAGAAGCUGUGCUUUACUUUAUUAGGGGCUUCCCUUGUGGCUCAAUUACCUGCCAGGCCCUUUCCAGCUUUAUGUCACUGCCAGUUUCCUUUCUAUCACCUGGCAGGUUCACAGUGUGGAAAUUACCUCCCAGCAUGCUCAGGGAAGCUGGCUUCGGUCCCGUCCCUUUCUGUGGAGGGAAGUAAGGAGUAGUCUUAGCUCUUAUGGCGUCCUCAUUCCUUUCUCAUUUCGAAACUAGGGCACGAACCUCACUCAAUUUGGGCCCACUGGACCCAGUUUCACUUCUGUUGGUGACUUGCCAUCAGGGACUGCAUUUUCAGGGACAUGUUAGUUUCUGGUGACACUUCUGAUUUUCCCAGCCUCCAAGUCACCAAGCUGAGAACAGCAUGCCUUUUAUUCCUUUGCAUUUUGCAAUGAUAAAGGCAUUAAUGUUUCAGCUCUCUUUGGUCUGGGCCUUCUAUUCACUUUAUAUGAGGUGAUCGGAAUAAAAUUGGGCUCUACCAGCAUUAAUGAUGGCACAACUUUCAUGGGGGGUCCUGCGCCUUGUGUGCCUCACAUCAGUAUGAUUGAAGAAUGUAGCUCUCUUUGUGGGGUUGGCCUAAUGUAAAUACAUUGUUGCUCAAAGUCUCCUCAGAAAGACUGCAAGGCUUUGGGGUCCUGAUUUGUGGCCUGUGUAUCAGGGUUUUUUGUGGGCUCAGAAAACAUCUGAGGAGCCAUGAAGUUGUGACAACCUCCAGUGCUUCUGGAAACAUGAAUUGUUAUUCACAGUGAAUGAUCACAUAAUGCUCAGCAGUUAACCUAUAAAAGAACCACAUGUCCUGAUCCCUAGAAUUCACUAGGUAGUUCACUGUAAGUCUACAGAGCUGGAGGAAACCAUGUUCGUCAAGUAACCCUGGAGCGGAGGAGAUUGUAGUGAAGUAGGUGGAGUGUGUCCUAACAUUGCAUCAGCAGAUGCUCCAGUGACUGUGACUGUGCAGUAUCAGUGUGCAUAGAUGCCUGAACAUCUGGAAUGUUCAGCCAAAGGCCAUUGCCACAGAGGCAGAGAAACAAACAGAGAAAGAUCCCUUCAUCCACAGUGUGGCUCUGUGAUCAGCCAGCAUUCCUGUUAACUCAGGUGGGAAGACAUCUAUUCUCAUCAGUAUUUGCUGCCACUAAGACAAGGGUGCUUCUCCAAGGUCAUCAGAAAGGAAAGGCAAUAUAGGAUUGCGAGACACGAGGAGUUUUCAUUUUGGUUUUGGUUGUUCUUUGAGGCUUCCAGGAUCAUAGUUCCCUCACCAGUGACUGAACCCUGGGCCAUGGCAGUGAAAGUGCCAAUUCUUAGCCACUGGACCACUAGGGAUUUCUCAAGAUCUGAUUUCUUAAAAAGUGUGACAGACCUAGAUUUUUCUUUUGAGUCAUUUUGUAAAUUCUUAUUCAGGUGUAGUUGACAUAUGAUAUAGUGUAUCUAUUUGAAGUGCAGAAUCUAAAUAUUUUGAGAUUCUUAAGUGGUAAUAUAUAAGUAGUACAUUCUUUAUUGCUGAAUAGUAGCAUUUCUAUAGUUACAUUGUUCAUCCAUUCAUCUGGUUAUGGUCACUUGGGUUAUUUCUACUGUGGGUUAUUGUAAAUAAAGGUGCUAGAACGUUUAUAUGUAAUUCUGUAUGUAUGGAUGGAUUUUCACUUACACUGUUAGUAAUUCAAAGUAUAAAGCCUGAGUCAUAGAAUAGGUGAAUGUUUAACUUAUGAAACUGACAAACUAUGAUCUACAUUUAUAGAUUGUUUUUACAUACCCACCAGGAGCGUGUAAAAUGCUUCCAAUUUCUGGCCAAUACUUGGUAUGGUCAGUCUUUUGGAUUUCCUUAAAUUUUGAAUUUAAGGAAGUAGUCAUUUUAAUUACAUCUCCCUAAGGAAUAAUGAUGUUGAUCUUUCUUUUUCCACAUGGUUUAUUUGCCAUCUGUAUGUCUUCUUGGUAAAAUAUCUGUUCAUAUCUUUCACCUAUUUUUCUUUUCAUUAACAAAUAAAAAGCUCCUUUUUA